UUUGGAACUUUAGCUCUAAAUAUUUUCGGUUUUAAGUUUUUUUACUGAUUCAGUUGUGGGAAUCGAGACCAGUGAGAAUUAUUGAGCAGUGGAAUAUUACAAAAAACAAAGACAGGACGUAUAACUCAACUGCGUCUGUCUGUGAUCUGAUGACUUCACAUCCACCUGUUCCGGGCGUGGUACAACGGGUUUGAAUGAAAAAAAUUGGAAGCGGAGUGCGGAUUUAUCACUGAUUUGAUUGUUCCGAUCUAAUACACCGGAUUGUGAUACUUAAAUAUGUGUGAUGCGGGGUGUAGUGAGCGACACGUGGAUGUCAUCAUUAUUGGGGCAGGAUUAUCUGGAAUGUCCGCCGCUUACCAAAUCCACAAAACCAACCCAGAAAUUAACCUCUGUGUACUUGAAGCCAAUGACAGAGUGGGAGGCCGCACAUUAUCAUUGCCACUUAAUACUAGAAAUGGAACGACGGAAGAGUUUGAUUUUGGCGGCCAUUGGGUUGGAAGACCACAGAAGGCGAUCAUGGCACUGUUGGACGAGCUAGGCUUGGGGACUUACCCACAGAGAACUGAGGGCAGACACCUCCUCCAAGUCGGCGGUAAGAAAGUGACGUCAUAUAGAAACAUCCCCUCCAUACCUGUCCUCUCUCUACUAGACCUCACGCUUUUUACAAAUAAGAUAGGGAAAUACGUAAAAAGAAUCGAUCUUGCCCACCCAUACCAGUGUCCUAAAGGCGAGAAAUGGGACAACAUGGACAUGGAGACAUUCUUUCAGCGUAAUCUACGCACAAAAGCGGCGAAGGAUUUCAUGCGUGUAAUAACUCGUACCAUUACGACCAUGGAACCUUCUCAGCAGUCAGUAUUGUCACUUUUGAUGUCAGUGGCCGGAUCUGGUGGUAUGGAAAAGAUGUUUGAGACCACAGAGGACUCGGCGCAAGGGUUAAAGGUCAAGGGUGGUACUCAGCAGAUUUCAAAAAUACUGGCAGAUAAAGUAGGACAAGCCAAUAUUCUACUAAACCAUCCAGUGGUGAAGGUUGUCCAGGACGACAAUUACGUGACCGUCUCGUGCCAAAAUGGACUGCAGGUGACUGGUCGGUGUCUCAUCUUAGCCACGCCCCCUACAGCUGCAGACAAAAUUAGAUUUGAGCCUCUGCUUCCGGUUGAGAUAACAGAGGUCAACAAAAGUUAUGUAUUUGGAGAUUGUAUCAAAACCAUAGUGACGUACGAAGAGGCGUUUUGGGCCAGAAGGGGAUUAAAUGGCGAUAUAGAGACAAAUGGUGGACCUAGUCAUGUGACCGGAUGUGAUAAAGGACCGAUAACAGCUGUAAUGGAUGUGACGUCACAUACGGGGAACCCAGCGUUGGUUGUGUUUAUAAAUGGAAUACAGGCUCGUCAAUGGGGAAUACAGCAGGAGGACGUUAGACGGAAUGCUGUUCUGGAAUCUCUCUCUAAUUACUUUGGACAGGAAGCAUUAUCUCCCCUUGAUUACCGUGAGAAAAAUUGGGGCGAGGAAGAAUUUAUCGGUGGCGCAUUAGAUUCCAUAGGACUGGGGGCCAUAAAAUAUCUGGAUAAAGGACCUGGAGGUCCCUUUAUGCGUGUCCACUUCGCCGGGACAGAGACUGCUGAUGAAUGGAACGGGUACAUGAGCGGUGCUGUAGAGGCAGGAACACGGGCAGCUAACGAGGUGUUAGGUUUCUUACAGUCAGUUCAAUGAGUGGAUGAUCUGAAACAACGUAUAGACGACAUCACACUAGUGGCCUUGCUGUGUUAAAUAUUUAACCGAGUUCGGUAAUUUGAUGAAUUUAGAACAUUUGAUAUUACAAGGAGUGAAGGACAUGAAAGACUACAUUUAUCACGCUAUCUUAGAAAAUUUGAGAAAAAAUCAAUUUGUUUCUCGAUAAUAGGUUUUUUUCAGGUUGAAUGUGAAUUUCUUCAAAUCCGCGGCGACAAUGCCAUGACGUCAUUUAGUUAUGAUGUCACAAAAGUAGUAUGGCACGUGCACCUUACUAUAUCAAUGACAUGGAUGUAUACCCUAGCAUACAAUAUGGUUGGGAUAUUUAUCUCAACUAUAGGAUGAAUACAUGUCAGACGAUCAACAUGGGACCUUAAUCUUAAAUAUCCCUCGUUUCAUGACAUUUAAAGCUAAAUUUCUCAUUUAGGUUAAGUUUGAAAAAUAACCAACAUUACAGAAAGACCACAUGAUUGAAAGAUAAGCACGUCAGUACUGAACUUCGCUAGCCAAAACGUUGAUAACUAAGGACUGUAUCUCUAAGCUGGGUGUGAAGCAAACCUUUGUUAGAAAUAGCGGAGAUUCAGCAUCUGAACCAAAAGCAACGUUUAAGGAAAUGGAAAAUGUUAUAUGUCACCUUGUGUCGUCAAGUUACAUGCGAAAGACAAUAAUCAACUCUGCAAGAAAUUUCCUUUGGUAUCGUGAUAACUGCCUUCAACUCCAGACCUGCAAGGACCAACUCCAGACCUGCUAGGACCAACUCCAGGCCCGCUAGGCCCAAAUCCAGACCAGCUAGGGCCAACUACAGACCUGCUAGGGCCAACUCCAGACCUGCUAGGGCCAAGUCCAGACCUGCCAGGCCCAACUCCAGACCAGCUAGGGCCAACUACAGACCAGCUAGGGCCAACUACAGACCUGCUAGGGCCAACUCCAGACCUGCUAGGGACAAUUCUGCAAAAAGGAAAAGUGCUAACCGCUUUUUAGUAGAUAUGAUUAGAACGCGGGACAUUUUUAUAGUAACCUAGAAACGUAUUUAUAUUUACAAUACAAAGACGCAUAAUAUCUCAUCACAGUGUAUAGUGUUCACAGUGUAAACAUAGCUAAUAACGAGCUUCUAGUAAUGGCAUUUUAUAUCGAUAUAACUGCCAAUGGAAAGCACGGGAAAUUUGAAUUUGAAUACAAAUAAUAUAUAAAGCUGGAUAACAUACAAAAUGCAUCACUAUUGAACUGCAUUCAGUGACGGACAUACAAUCCACUACACACGGAUUAACAUGAUAUUGUUAACUUUAUCUAACAUCAUUAUUACACAGUGUAUCACUAAAUUAUCAACUAUCCUGUUCAUUAUAUCAUACAUACUCUGCUUUCUCUUGUUUUACAUUUUUUGCUGUGAUACAAGUAAGAUGUAUAUUGCUGAUAGUGAAAUGUAUUUUAAGACAAAUAUACAAUGUAUUUAAGAUAUAUCUGAGGGGAGAAUCUCAAACAGAUUGCGAUUUGUAAAAGGUAGAAAUUGUGAAUGUGUACAUUUCUUUUUUAUUUUCCAUAUAAAGCUUUGAUUGAAUUCAAA